AUGGCUCCAAUAUACGUCUGUCAUCAAGUCUCGCCAAUCGUCUUGCCACGCGGUGGAGGACGUGCCGACGAAGUGCGAGGGGCGCGACGACCGAUGUUUAUGCUGACGCGCGUAGGGUGGAUGAAGCGGCCAGAUUUGAGGCUGGCGUGGCAGGGGAAGCUUGCCAUCGCCAUCCUCAUUUUCAUCCUCAACGCCAUCAUCAUCUUCUACAUCAUUGAGUUCCGCCGGCUACUAUUCUCGCUUAGGAUCAACCAGUACAAGAAGGGACCCCUCGUCUCCGAGAAGAAGGAUAUCUUGGCGCAGGCUCGUGACCAGGACAUCCAAAGGUAUGUCUUACAGGAAAAUGGUGUGGGAUACUGGGGCGACACCGUCCACGGCCUUAACGACUACCUCAAUACGCUUGGCAUCCAUUGGGACGACGGCGAUCACAAGUUCCUCGAUGAGAACCUCGUGGAUGUCUUCAAGCAGCAAGCCGGCCAGGACUCCACCAAGUCGAUUGAGGCGGUGAUGACCAAGAUGAAUCCGGCUGUGCGCGCGCGGAAUAAGAAUUACCUGCGCAACGCUGUCUUUGUCGGGAAGACGGAUUUCAGGAAGACGCCGAGGUGUUUCGUGUAG